CUCUUACUCUCUCUCUCUCACUACAGCAGAGCAACCACCAUGCCCAACACGACCCCCGCCCCCGUCCUGUACUCGUUCGACGCCGUGCCGACGCUGCAAAAGUCGCUUGCCGACUUCAUCGUCAAGGCCCAGGCCGAGGCUGUCGCCGCUCGCGGCCAGUUCACCAUUGCGCUCUCGGGCGGCUCGCUGCCCAACAACCUCAAGCCGCUGGCCGACAUCCCCGGCAUCCACUGGGACAAGUGGCAGGUCUUCUUUGCCGACGAGCGCAUCGUCCCCCUCGACCACCCCGAGUCCAACUACGCCGCGUGCGCCAAGGCGUUCCUCGACCACGUCCCCAUCAAGCGCGAGCAGAUCCACACGCUCAACUCGUCCCUCUUCUCCGAGAACACGCGCACCCAGCCCACGGCCGAGAACUGGGACCUCGGUGAGGUCCAGCAGGAGGCCCAGGCCGUCGCGACCGACUAUGAGAAGCAGCUCGUCGCGACCUUCGCCUCGACGACCACGGCCCGCUACCCCACCUUCGACCUCAUCCUCCUGGGCAUGGGACCCGACGGCCACACCUGCUCGCUCUUCCCCGGCCACCCGCUCCUUGCCGAGCAGAGCGCCUGGAUUGCGCCCAUUGUCGACAGCCCCAAGCCUCCUCCCAGGCGCAUCACCUUCACCUACCCCGUCCUCAACCACGCUUCCCGCGUCGCGUUCGUCGCGACCGGCGAGGGCAAGCAGGAGAUGCUCGCCAAGAUCCUCGACGAGCCCGAGCUCGGCCUCCCCUGCUCGCGCGUGCGCCCUGCUGCCCCCGGUGCGGUCUACUGGUUUGUCGACGACGCCGCUGCCGGCCGCCUGAAGUACGCCAAGACCGAGUUCAGCAGCUGAGCGAGAUCAGGUUCGAACGGACUCGUUUCCCCAGCCUGCGGUCGGCAAUCUAAUGCCUGCCGGCCGUGAGAGCGAGGGCGUCGUGGCAUGAUGUAGAGGAGCGUAUAGAUAAAACGGUAUCCCUGGGACCGCAUGGCCGCAUGCAUGAGUGUGGUGUGCGA